AUGUCAAGAUCCUCCAAAACUGCAACUCCAGUUAGUGAUAAUCAUCCAGCAAAUAAAUUAACAUUUAUUGAUGAAGAAAUUAAAAUUCAAUUACAAAAAACUCCAUUCCAAUUAGUAAUAGAAGCUGCAAAUUAUCAACAGCAAUUAAAAGAAGUUAGAAAUGAUUGGAAAUACGCGUUUGUAUUACAAUGGUUAUACCUUUUCCGUGGUGCUAUAAGAUUAUCUGGUGAACCUUUCAAUGUUGAUCUUAUUGAAGAAGAAUUGGUUGGUUUAAGUGAACCUUCAUUAUUAAAUAAAAUCGCUACAAAUCUCUUGUCUGUUACUCUUGGUGCUAAAGUUAAUAAUAUUGAAGAUUUUGGUUAUAAAACUAUGUAUCUUUUAGGUGAAAAGACAAAUUUAUUAGGUAAUGAAGAUCAUCCAAUUGAUUUUGAAUCACUUUCAUUAUUAAACAAAUUUGAAAUUUUUUAUCUUUUAAUUUUUGAAAUUCAAUAUUCUGAUAAUUUUAGAAAACAAGUUGAAAAAUAUGAAAAAGAAAAUGAAUUAAGAAUUGAACCAAUUUUUGAAAUUAAUGAUGAAAGUUUUUUUUUAUUAAGUGAUAAUAGAAUUUAUUCAAGAAUUUUGAAUGGAUACCCAAAGUUAAAUAUACCGAGAAAAUUCAAAAAUGCAAAAUUAAUUCAAGAUCCAGAAGUUGAAUUUCCUGAAAUUGAACCAAAUUUCCAAUGGAAAUUAAUUGCUAAUGGUAUUUAUGAAAUUCAUGAUUUCUUGAAAUCAAUUGAAAAAGAUAAGAAAUAUAAACCAUUAUUCUUGAAUAUUAAAGAAUAUAUUAAUAUCAUAGCUCAAGAUGAUUUAAAUAGAAGAAGAAAAGUUUUGAAAAGAAAAAGAGAACAACAAUUAACUGAAUUAGUAUCAAAUAGAAAACGUUCUUCAAGAUUACAAGAAAGAGAAGAACAAUUAAAAUUAGAAAAAGAACAAAGAGAAGCUCAAGAAGCUCGUGAUAGAGAAGAACAAGCCAAGAUAAAAUUAGCUAAAAAAGUUAAAUCAAAAGAAAAUUCAAUAAAGAGAGAAUUUGAAGAAAAGUUACGUAAUUUAAGUUCAAGUAGAAGAACAACAGUUUUUGGUGAUUCGAAUUAUCAAGUUGGUCCUAAACCAGCUGAUAUGGAAUUAGGUGAAGGUGAAUGGUUAUUUGAAUGUUAUUGUGGUGUUCGAGAAUUAAAUUAUGAUGAUGGUGGGAAAUUAAUUUCUUGUGAAAGAUGUUUUAGAUGGCAACAUUUGAAAUGUCAAGAUCGUUUAAUUCAACAAGAAUUAAUUAAAAAUUCAAAUGAAUUCUUGAUUUGUAAUUGGUGUAAACAAGAUUUAGAAAAACAAGUUGAAUUAAAAUUAGAACAAGAACAAUUACAAAGACAAAAAGAAUUUGAAGAAAAACAAAGAUUAAAAGAAUUACAAAAACAAAAAGAUGAAGAAUUAAAAUUACAAUUGAUCGAGGAAGAACGUAAAAGAAAAGAAGAAUAUGAAUUAGAAAGAGAAAGAAGAACUCAAGAAAGAGAAAGAUUAAGAGCUUAUGGAAUUACUUCUCAAACUCAAUCACCAGAUCCAAUAGAUCAUCAAACACAAGCUCAACCUCAAACUUCAAUUGUUCAAUCACAUUCAAAUAAUGGUGAAUUUAAAAACCAUUCAAAUUUACCAAUUAUGGGUUCAUUCCAUACAAUUCCUAAACCAUCAGCUCCACAAGUUUCACAAGCUCCAGUAGUUGAACAAGCUUCACAUGUUGAACAAAAUACAAAUCCUUCACAAGUUCAAUUACAACCACAGCCAACACAACAACAAAAUGGUAAUUCAAUUUCAAAUGAACAACCAGUUUCAACUGAAAAUCAAAAGCCAGAACAAUCAAUCAAUCCAACUCCAGAACAUUCAGAAGCAAAACCUCAACAACCACAACAGCCACAAGUUGAACAACCUCAACAAACCCAACAGGCUGAACAACAACAUCAACCAGGAUCAAUAACUACACCAAUCCCCGCAACAAAAACAUUAUCACCACAAAAUCCUGAAAAUCAAACAACAUCAACAUCAGAAAAAAUUACUGAAUCACCAUCUCGUUCUUUUUCAAUUCAAAAUAUUUUACAAUGA